AUGGUAGAUCGUGGUGGUGCAUCGGGUUCUCCCGUUACACACUCCAGACCACGAACCGAUCGUCCUCGAAAAAGGCACCGAAAUAGUAGCAGUGCCUCAAGUCGAGCCAGUUCUCCCGGUUCCCUUUUAGUCAGUGAAAGCAAACGCAAUGGCAGAAACGACGAUUCCCGUAAGCGUGACGAACAGAGGGCGGAAGAAGAUAGGAUUCUUCGUCAGCGGUGGGCGGAAUCUAAACUCCUUGAAGAAGAGGUCGCUCGACGUCUGGAGCGUUAUUUAGACUCUGAGCUAGCAAAACUACUCGUUUUACGCAGAGUACAGUUCAAUGCUGAAGUUGAACGUCGAGUAGAAGCUGAACGAGCCGAAGUCUUGCGUAGAAGAGCCGAGGAGGCUGAGCGCAAAGCUCGAGAGGAGGCGGAGGCUUUAAAGCGACGUGAGGAGGAAGAAAGGCGAUUAAAAGAGCUGAGUGAACGUCUUGCUCGAGAAAGGGAACGGGAAUUAGAGGAACAAAGACGUUUGGAGGAAGAGGCUGAGCGAAAAAGAUGCGAAGCAGAGCUUCGUGAACUUGAAGAGCGUCAAAGACGAGAGGCAGAGGAGCUUCAGCGGAUUAAACGAGAACAAGAAAUUAUUCUGAACAAAAAACGGAUUCGACCGAAACUUUCAUUUACACUGAAAAAAUGA